AUGUUUGGAAAAACUAUCACAUUUGAUAACUUUCCUGAUCCUUCUGAUACGUGGGAAAUCACUGAAACAAUUGGGAAAGGAACGUAUGGGAAGGUUUUUAAAGUAUUGAAUAAGAAAAAUGGCCAAAAAGCAGCAGUCAAAAUUCUGGAUCCAAUUCAUGAUAUUGAUGAGGAGAUUGAAGCAGAGUAUAACAUCUUAAGAGCUCUCUCCGACCAUCCUAAUGUGGUCAAGUUCUAUGGUAUUUACUUUAAGAAGGAUAAACUACAUGGAGAUAAGCUGUGGUUGGUUCUUGAGCUGUGCAAUGGUGGAUCUGUGACAGAUCUUGUGAAAGGAUUUCUGAGGAGAGGUGAAAGAAUGAGUGAACCUCUGAUUGCCUAUAUUUUACACGAAGCAUUAAUGGGACUUCAGCAUCUGCACAGCAACAAAACUAUUCAUCGAGAUGUAAAAGGAAAUAACAUCCUGUUGACCACUGAAGGGGGAGUUAAGCUAGUAGAUUUUGGUGUGUCUGCACAGCUGUCCAGCACCAGGCACCGUCGGAACACCUCCGUAGGAACCCCGUUCUGGAUGGCCCCUGAGGUGAUUGCGUGUGAACAGCAGUUAGAUACCACUUACGAUGCCCGAUGUGACACCUGGUCCCUGGGGAUCACGGCCAUUGAGCUGGGUGAUGGGGACCCCCCGCUGGCUGACCUACAUCCCAUGAGGGCACUCUUCAAGAUACCCAGGAAUCCACCCCCAAAACUAAGGCAGCCCCAGCUAUGGUCAGCAGAAUUCAAUGACUUCAUUAGCAAGUGCUUGAUUAAAGAUUAUGAGAAGCGUCCAACAGUGUCAGAUCUUUUACAGCACAAAUUCAUUACUCAAAUCGAGGGCAAAGAUGUGAUGCUACAAAAACAACUAAUGGAAUUCAUUGACCUUCAACAGUGCAUGGAAAUCACAGGAAAGGCCAGGCACGAACGUAUUCACACCAAGAAAAAUAACUUGAGCAGAUCUCCAGCCUCUGAUCUGAAGGAUGUAGACGAUUUGGCAACCCUAGAUGUUUUGGAUGAGAACACAGUCUCGGAGCACUUGGAGAACUGUUAUGCCAAAGACCAAAUCUAUAUCUAUGUGGGAGAUAUACUCAUUGCUCUCAACCCUUUCCAGAGUCUGGGGCUUUAUUCCACAAAGCUUUCCCAACUAUACAUUGGAGCAAAGAGAAGUGCCAACCCUCCUCACAUUUUUGCAAUGGCUGACUUAGGGUAUCAGUCCAUGAUCACAUAUCAUGCGGAUCAGUGCAUCAUUAUUUCUGGAGAAAGUGGAGCUGGAAAGACUGAAAGUGCUCACCUUCUAGUUCAGCAGCUCACCGUGCUUGGAAAGUCUAAUAACAGAACCCUGCAAGAGAAGAUUUUACAAAUGAACCAUUUGGUUGAAGCCUUUGGCAAUGCCUGUACUAUUAUCAAUGAUAAUUCCAGCCGAUUCGGAAAAUACUUAGAAAUGAAAUUUACCUCUUCUGGAGCUGUAGUGGGAGCACAGAUUUCUGAAUACCUUCUGGAAAAAUCCCGAGUUAUCCAUCAGGCUAUUGGAGAAAAAAACUUCCAUAUUUUUUACUACAUCUAUGCUGGUUUAGCUGGAAAGAAGAAACUAGCCCUUUACAAACUACCUGAAAAUAAGCCUCCUAGGUACCUACAAAAUGACUACCUCAGAACAAUACAGGACAUAACAAUUAAUAGUUUCUAUAAAUCUCAGUAUGAAUUAGUUGAGCAGUGUUUCAGAGUCAUAGGUUUUACAAUGGAGCAACUUGGAAGCAUAUAUAGCAUUCUCGCUGCCAUCUUGAAUGUUGGAAACAUUGAAUUUUCUUCUGUAGCAACUGAACACCAGAUUGACAAGAGCUACAUCUGCAAUCACACAGCUCUGGAGAAUUCUGCUUCUUUGCUUUGCAUUCAGGCAGAUGAGCUUCAAGAGGCUCUCACCUCCCACUGUGUGGUCACUAGAGGAGAGACAAUCAUAAGACCCAACACUGUAGAGAAAGCUACUGAUGUCAGAGACGCCAUGGCAAAAACUUUAUACGGGCGUCUCUUUAGCUGGAUAGUCAAUUGCAUUAAUAGUUUGUUGAAGCAUGACAUAUUUCCAAGUGAGAAUGAUGAUGAGCUAAGCAUUGGCAUUCUUGAUAUAUUUGGCUUUGAACAUUUCAAAAAAAAUUCCUUUGAGCAGCUUUGCAUUAACAUUGCAAAUGAACAAAUUCAGUAUUACUUCAAUCAACAUGUGUUUGCAUGGGAACAGAAUGAAUAUCUGAAUGAGGAUGUGGAUGCUCGAGUUAUUGAAUAUGAAGAUAACAGGCCUCUCUUAGAUAUGUUUCUGCAGAAGCCCAUGGGGUUAUUGUCUCUACUUGAUGAAGAAAGUAGAUUUCCCAAUGCCACCGACCAGACUCUCAUUGAAAAAUUUGAAGGUAACCUGAAAUCACAAUACUUUUGGAGACCUAAAAGAAUGGAGCUUAGUUUUGGAAUCCACCAUUAUGCAGGAAAGGUCCUCUAUAGUGCCAGUGGCUUCUUAGCUAAAAAUAGGGACACUCUUCCAACCAACAUUGUACUCCUUUUGAGAUCCUCAGAAAACAGUGUGAUCCAGCAGCUUGUCAGCCACCCUCUGACCAAAACAGGUAAUCUGCCACUUUCUAAAACUAAAAAUGCAAUAAACUAUCAAAUGAAGACUUUGGAAAAGUCAAUGAACCAUACAAAGGGUGAAACGGAAGAAGCCACACAUCAUGCCUGCGAAACAACCAACAUGAAAACACAAACAGUUGCAUCGUACUUUAGAUAUUCUUUGAUGGAUUUGUUGUCUAAAAUGGUAGUGGGCCAACCUCAUUUUGUCCGCUGCAUCAAACCCAAUAAUGAACGUCAGGCAAGAAAAUAUGACAGAGAGAAAGUUUUGCUACAGCUUCGCUGCACAGGCAUUCUAGAAACCGCAAGAAUCCGAAGGCUGGGAUAUUCUCAUCGGAUACUAUUUGCUAACUUUAUAAAGCGGUACUAUGUUCUCUCCUACAAGUCAAGUGAAGAACCCCCAUUGAGCCCAGAUACCUGUGCCACCAUUUUGGAAAAAGCUGGUCUUGAUAAUUGGGCUCUUGGAAAAACAAAAGUGUUCCUUAAAUAUUAUCACGUGGAACAGUUGAAUCUCAUGCGAAAGGAAGCCAUUGACAAGCUCAUAUUGAUUCAAGCCUAUGUCAGAGCAUUCUUGGGUUCAAGAAGAUACAAAAAGCUACAGGAGAAAAGGAAGGAAAGUGCUGUAAGGAUACAGUCAGCGGCAAGAGGACAUCUAGUCAGGAAACAGAAAAAAGAAAUUCUUAAUGAGAGAAACAGAGCAGCAACAAACAUGCAAACUCACAAUCAAGAAUUUGACUACAAGAAAAACUUUAAAAAUAAAAGGACAUCUUUUAUGAAGAAGCAAACAGAAAUUGCAGUGUCUAGUAAAGGACCCAUCAUUCCAGCUGCAAACAAUAAAGAGAAUCUAUCUGGAAGGAAGACUCCUACCUUCAAGACUGAAAGGGCAGCCAUUCAUGCUGUUAAGAGUAAUGAGAAAGGAUAUCCAACACAGAAGAAAAUCAAUAACUCGUACGGGGAAGAAGCUAAUCAAGAGCUAUAUCUAGUCAGGGAUGCUUGGGUAGAAGUAAGCCCCAAAGAGAAGUAUAUCAAAGAUCUGGAAGAGAACAGUAAGAUAAGGAAAGGACAGAAAGAGGACACGGUGAUCCCGAGCUGCUAUCAGAGGUACACAGAAGAACGGAAUUUUAAAGAAUCAAAAACAUCAUAUCUGGAAAGGAAAGGCAUAUCAGAAAGGCCACGCUAUCCACCACUUUGUUUCACUGAGAGAGACGCUUCUUUGAGAAAAACUGUGGAACCCGCUCUUAGCCACAGUUCAGUUUCUCACAAUGCAGAUAGCAAGGGAAGAGAGAAGAAGACAUCUGUGGUUACCCAGAAUGCACUGCUGUGCAGCCAGCAGCGAGAAGAGCAGCGGCAGUACAGGAUGCUAGAGGAGAGGCAGGCUGAAUCCGGGAUGCAGGCCCAAGAAGAAGACAACGCGGCAGUGUUCAUUCAGAGCAAACCCGGGCGUUGCAGGCAAAGGCAGCAACCGAUGAGUGACAGGAUGUUGCCUCCCUUUCCAAAUGAAAAAAUUCUUACAACACCAACAGAAGUCACAAAAAGCAUUCCCAACAAGCAUUCCUGUUUCACAACGCAAGAGGAACCCCAAAAUAUCAACAUAAGGAAUGAUGGAGCCUCAAAAGCAACUUUAGAGAAGGAAGUGCACGAACUGGCAACUUUCUCAAAACAGAUAUCAAAGUUAUCUGAAGAAUAUUUCAUUCUGCAGAAAAAUCUGAAUGAAAUGAUUUUAUCACAGCAACUGAAGCCAUUUUAUCUGGGUAUCUAUCACCAUAAACCAAUUAAUAGACUGGUUUCUUCUCAACAAGACCUCUCAGAUAUCUCUAAAGGAAAAGAACCAAAACUAUUAAGACCUCCAAGACGACCCCGGAAACCUAAAACAUUAAAUAAUGCUGAAGACUCCACAUACUAUUAUCUACUGCACAAGUCAAUCCAAGAGGAAAAGCGAAGACCAAGGAAGAACAGUGAGGGAAAAUUAUUAGAUUUGGAAGAUUUCUAUUAUAGGGAACUUUUGCCCAACCAUUCUGGACAAAAGAAUUCUGACUCUACUUUAAGAGCACAAAAACCAGAGGAAGAACUCCAGAACCAGUGCUUCCAGGCUAAUGAGAGGUGCAGGGCCGCGGACACCGACCUGGAGGACCGGGAGCCCCGCGGGCCAGAUGCCAACCCCUACGACUACCGGAGGCUCCUGCGCAAAACCUCCCGGCGCCAGCGCCUGGUGCAGAAGCUGUAGCCCAGCCCGAGCG